AGCAAUUGAUGCCUGGGCCCAGAUCUCCGCGCUGAGAAUCUCACUGCCUGAUCGACACAUGUCGGCUUGAUCCCUGAUCAUUGCCUGCACUUGAGUCAUGACGGUGAAUUAUAUAUCGCGCUUCCUCGUAACACUGUAAAUUCUACGCCGUCAACAGACUCAAACUGACAUCGCACAUCUACCUUCGCUUGAGGAAACACUCCUUUCGCUGCGACUUCGGCAAAAUGGCGGCCGCGGACCACCUACUCGAUCUGCCGCACAUUUAUCUUCUGGCCCAUGACAAGGGAGCUGGCGAUACUUUCAGGCGGCACAUCGAAAGGGAACAGCUCCAAGAUUCUGUCUCAUACGAGAUCCAUGAGGCUAGUCUGUCUCAGCUUGACCCGAAAAUCAAAUUUGACCUCGUGGUGUCUCCUGCCAACUCAUACGCUAGGCUUGACGGUGGCUUCGAUGAUGCUAUUUCCCGCGCUUGGUCUCCAUCGGAUGAUUAUCUGGCACUGACACGAGCGGUGCAAGCUCAGCUGUAUGAUUUCUCGUAUGGCUAUCUUCCCCCGGGUCAAUGCUACAUUGCAACCAUUCCGACGUCAUUCAAGGGCAAAGGUCGAUAUAACGGAGUAGACUGGGGGUGCAAGUAUAUCGCCCUCUGUCCGACGAUGCACACGCCACAAGACGUAAACUGGGACCGGGAGGUGAUCUACAAUUGCAUAUGGUCAUUGCUUGUUGCCAUCAAACGUCAUAAUCGCAGCGCUGUCGAGGACGGCAAAAUCAAUUCGAUCCUGAUGACGCCCCUGGCUACGGGCGUUGGCGGGGUUUCUUUGGAACGAUGGGCACGGCAGACAGCGCUGGCUUUGAAACACGCUGUAGACUCAAAACAAAACCCAGAGCUGUGGGGAUCCAUAGACUGGGUUACGGCGAACCAGAUAGCCCUGCGAGUGUCUCAGACUCAUCAGUCUUAGAUACGAUUGUAAAUAGUAUUCGAGGUCAACCCAUUCAAUGCUGCUUUCGUCGGGGGUCAUGUUUCCAAACUUGAAAGCUAGGCUCACUGUGGCCUGUUGCGACAUCCCAAAUCCGUACAUGCUGGAUUGGAGCAGCGUACGAAUCACUCGUAGUACAGCUAGGACGUUGUCCUGAUUUGGUGAUGCAUUUAGGAGUAACCCGUACUCUUGCAGUACAUUCAACUCAGUCAUGCGCUGACACGACCUGAGUGUGCUCUUCUGGCCUGACUCAUCGCACCGGGAAUGCU